AUGGCGAUGACGCUGACGGUGCGGCGCCGUGCGGUGUGCGCCCUGGCGCUCCUCGCGCUGCUCUGCGGCUGCUGCGCCCCCUCCGUCUGCGUAACCGCGGCGGCUGCGGCGGAAGUGAAAGUCCCGGUGUCGGUGGAGGUGUCGUGCCCGGACACUAACGGCAAGUUGAGUUGGCGCGUUGCCGACAAGAGUAAUUCUGCAGCCUGGAACACGUGCCCCACCACACCGGAGGAUUUAUGCGGCAGUGAAAGUGCUGCUGGCAGCAAUUCCCUCUGCAUCUUUGCCGGAUCGGUGUUCCUGGAGAAGUUCGCGACGGGGGGCUGCUCUCCAUCCACCACAGAUGGGGACACGAAUAAAGUUGUUGCGUUCACGAUGAACUGCACGGUGGCCCCAAACAGUGCGCUGCACAAUCUGUCGAAGAGCGAAGGUGGCACCAUCACUGAAGCGGAGGA